GAUGGGUAUAUUGACUUCAUGGAAUAUGUAGCUGCUCUCAGCCUCGUUCUCCGUGGGAAGAUGGAGCAGAAAUUGCGGUGGUAUUUCAAGCUCUAUGAUGUAGAUGGCAACGGCUGCAUUGAUCGACAUGAAUUGCUCAACAUCAUUAAGGCUAUUCGAGCUAUUAACGGUGGUGACCAUGAAACCAGUGCAGAAGAGUUCACCAACCGAGUCUUCAACAAGAUUGACAUGAAUGGAGAUGGUGAACUGUCUCUGGAUGAAUUUGUGGAGGGAGCAAGGAAAGACGAGGAGUUCAUGGAGGUUAUGAUGAAAAGCUUGGACCUGUCACACAUUGUAGCCAUGAUCAACAACCGCCGGCACAGUGUGUAA